AGAAACCAAGGGCUGACGAGGGGCGGCAAUCAGCAAGCAGCCAACGUGCAGCGGUUUCUUUCGCCACCUCACAGACCACACCGGUGACGAUAUUGUGGUGAGAGUUAUCCGCCCUUGUUACCGGAGCAGUCGCCGGGUUUCACAACAAAACCAAACACAACAAAUUAGAUCAACUAUUGCGCUCACGUGCAGUCAGUUCGAUUCUCGAUUCUUAGACCAAGACUUCAAGGACUGGCGUAAGGCAGAAAGAACAAAAAAAAAGUUACUGGUUGCCAUGGAGCUACGGUGGGACCAAGAAGAAAUGUACUGUGAUAAGUCCACACAUGCUUACGUGUGGUGACUCCUCACUUGCCUACUUAUGGUGACUCCACACAUUUUGAAGCUUCUAACAUUGAUCUAGGAGAAUGGGCAACCAUGGCAGCAGACGUGACCAAAGAUCGUUCAAGAAACAUGGCGGCAAAGCAGCGAACGCGCUUCACAAAGUGGAAGAACUGCGGGGACCAUCAGUAGACUCGUAUGACAAACUUAUAGCAUGGCUUGCAGAGAUGGCAGAGACAGACAACGUCCACCUGGACACAUCCGUCUUUGUCUCGCAGCUCAAUCGUGUGUGCGGGGGAGGCUCGCAGGCCAAUCGCAGCGACGCGUCUGGAACCAGCCUCUGUGGUGCCGCGGCCGGCGGAGGUGGCUCAUCCUGUGGAGGCAGCUCCAGGAGGGCCCCGAACCUUCGCCAGAAUUCUUCCUCUUACGAGAGCCACGCCAGCUCAGAAAUGCUCACCCAACGACAACGAGGCUCGUCACGCUCGGACGAUUUCCUGGACCCCAAGUCGGCCUGGAGAUCAGGCGGCAACUCGAGACAGACUACCUUCAGCGAUGACCUUGAGGAGGAAGGUGACGAGAUGAAGAAGACGUCAAUGGAGAGUUUGUACAGCAGCGCGGACAAGGACGUAGACCUGGGGAAUAUGCUGCCCUAUGACAGUGUAUCCAAGACCAGUGGGAGGGUCUACAACACUGCUGCCUGCCCUUCGUUGCUGCGCGCAGGGAUGCAUAGCAGGUUUGACAGUGAAAACAGAUGCCUGAUGGGUCCACACAUGAGCUCUAGCAUGGGUAAUCUCCUCUAUGAAAACCAUGACAACGGUUUCGAUUAUCCCCCCUUGCCUGCUACCUACACCAAAAGGAGGAGUGUCAGCCUCUUAAAUCUGAAACCGCCAAACUCCAUCAACCACUUAGACAAUAUACCAAAACUUGUUCUAACCAAAGAGGACGAAGACCCGCAACAGGCUGCCCCGUUACCAGAACUUAAGACCCAGCGUAAAACUCCGAAACCAGUUCAAAAGUCAUUAUCGCUUAAUACCUGGACCAGGCGAAGAGGUAAAUUGCAGAAACAAAUGUCUUUGCAGGUGGAACCAAACCUGAAACAAAUGUCUCUGCAGGGGGAACCAAACCUAUCUCCGUUCUACCCAUUCUCUCAGAUCAUCCCAGUCAUUCCUCCAUUAAAAGGGCCCGCAGCUGCGGUAUCGGAAACUCCGGUCUUCCUUGAUGACACUCUGCUAGAUGGUAAUCUCGAAGACAUUUUGUAUUGUGUGGAGGCGCUUUGGCCCAAGAAAUGAAUGCUAUUAGCAAACAUUGUGUGUAGGAAAACUUGAUAGGCCAACACGGUCUUAGUGAUUUGGGGUUAUCCAGUUGAGUGACUGCGAAUGUCGACUUUUGGCUUCUUGUCACGACAUUUCAGCUCGAAGUUUCUGGCCAGUAACAUUUGUCAGACAUUGCAUCAACGAAGUAACACGGAGUUUUCAAAGCUUACAAAGCUACUUCUCCAAAAUUGCAUUUUUUGUUUGUUUUUUAAACUGUGUUGUUGUCUUUAAGUUUACAGCAGCAAGAGAGAUUGACUACGGAGUUGAUUUUCAGAUUAUAUAAGCAAAGUAGCUAUCAUUAAUUUUUGUUACACUAUUUACUUUUUGUUAUUUAAAUAAAACCGUAAAAUUA